AUUCACCUAAGACCACGUCGGUCCCAUCACUUUGCUUUCCCUGUUUGAAAUAAAAACCCAAUCUGAACUUCCAUCCCUGCGACGCCUCUGGAUCUGCCGCCCACUGAUGGCGAAGGGGACACCCGGGCUGGCUGGGUCUGCAGCCAAGGGACCGCAGCACGCGUCUCCCCCGAGAUCUUGGCCCUGAUCGCGGAGUUCAGCUACACCUGGAGGACCCGGACCCAGUGCUAGGGUGGAGGUGGGGACCCAGCAAAAGGCACCCGGUGCCUUAAAAAAAAGUAGCAGGAGGGGGAGGAAUGGGUUUGUUCUUGACAGCUGACGGAGCCUUGAAAUUUUCCUCCUCUACCUCCGCCCCCUCCCCGCCCCCGCCCCCCGCACUCCAUUUACCGUGAGAUUAUGAAAUCGCAGAGGCGGUGGAGGGAAGGAGACAGCAUCUAACCGGGAGUUUGGAGGGGAGAGGGGCAUGUGGCUGGCCCGGUGGCUGAAAUCAAAAAUCCGAUUGCGCACUGGGUUGUGAUGAGAAAUCUAAUCAGACCUUUGACGAAGUGGCCGGCCGGAAGGGUAGCCCGUGGAGUAGUUGAUCCUCCAAUUCUCCGAAGGGAAAGCUGGAGAAGGGAAUCGAGGAUGUAAAAGGAGACUUUUUCUUCUUUUCCUUCUUUUUUUUUCUUUUUUCUUUCUUUUUUUCCCUUUUUUUUCCUUGCUUUUUUUUUUUUUUUUUCCCCAAUCUUUUUCUUUCUUGGUGGAGACGGACGUUGGGUGCCUUGCAAAAAUGAAGGAUGUGGGACGCAGCUCUCUCUCGGAGCCCAACGCAGUGGAUAAACUGAUUGUGUCAGAGAGACGAAAGAACGAAGCUUUUUCUUGUGAGACCUGGAUCGUAACAUAAAUGUGUGUAUAACCACAGGGGGAGCAUUGAAAAAAAAUUAAAAUAAGCCGGUGUCAGAUCUGCGGGGGUUGUUGUAUUCUGGCAUAAAUAAAUAAUUAUAAAACAGCUGCCCUCCCCCCCCCCAAAGGAUGCUUGGAAAUGGAGAACUGAGGAUCCAGGAGGAAAAAGUAUGUUCCUUUUUCUCUAUAAAGAAGAAAGUACGCCAAGAAGAUAUUUUUGGAAUGAAAAGUUUGGGGCUUUUUUUAGGAAAGUAAAGACUUGAUAUAUAUAUAUUUUUUUUUUCUUUUUGAAUUUCCCACAAGAAGAGAGGAAAUUAAUAAAGCAUCUGCAAAAAAAAAUUUCACUGAAGAAAGUUGACCGUAGUGGAAUGAGGCAUUGACUGGGGAGAGAAAUCAGCAGAGGACAGUUGGAUUGGUUCCUGUGUUGACUAAAAUUGAGGGAUAAUUGCAGUUGGAUUUUUUUUCUUCAUCAACCUCCUUUUUUUUUCUUUCGUUUCUUUUUGGUGUCAAGAUCAUGCAUUCUUUCUUGUUCUUAACUACCUGGAUUUCCAUCUGGAUGUUGCUGUGCCGAGUCUGAAAUACAGUUGGCAAGCAGGAUUUACAGCAUAGAGACCCCAAUGGAGAGCAAGAUUGUUUGAACUCCAGAAGGACCAACACCAGAUAAAUUAUGAAUGUUGAACAAGAUGACCUUACAUCCACAGCAGAUAAUGAUAGGUCCUAGGUUUAACAGGGCCCUAUUUGACCCCCUGCUUGUGGUGCUGCUGGCUCUUCAACUUCUGGUGGUGGCUGGUCUGGUGCGGGCUCAAACCUGCCCUUCAGUGUGUUCCUGCAGCAACCAGUUCAGCAAGGUGAUUUGUGUUCGGAAAAACCUGCGGGAGGUCCCGGAUGGCAUCUCCACCAACACACGGCUGCUGAACCUGCACGAGAACCAAAUCCAGAUCAUCAAAGUGAACAGCUUCAAGCACUUGAGGCAUUUGGAAAUCCUCCAACUGAGUAGGAACCAUAUUAGAACCAUUGAAAUCGGGGCCUUCAAUGGUCUGGCGAAUCUCAACACUCUGGAACUCUUUGACAAUCGUCUUACUACCAUCCCUAAUGGAGCUUUUGUUUAUUUGUCUAAAUUGAAGGAGCUCUGGUUGCGAAACAACCCCAUUGAAAGCAUCCCUUCUUAUGCUUUUAACAGAAUCCCCUCUUUGCGCCGACUAGACUUAGGGGAAUUGAAAAGGCUUUCAUACAUCUCAGAAGGUGCCUUUGAAGGUCUGUCCAACUUGAGGUAUCUGAACCUUGCCAUGUGCAACCUCCGGGAAAUCCCUAACCUCACACCGCUCAUAAAACUAGAUGAGCUAGAUCUUUCUGGGAAUCAUUUGUCUGCAAUCAGGCCUGGCUCUUUUCAGGGGUUGAUGCACCUUCAAAAACUGUGGAUGAUACAGUCCCAGAUUCAAGUGAUUGAACGGAAUGCCUUUGAUAACCUUCAGUCACUAGUGGAGAUCAACCUGGCACACAACAAUCUAACAUUACUGCCCCAUGACCUAUUCACACCCUUGCAUCAUCUAGAGAGGAUACAUUUGCAUCACAACCCUUGGAACUGUAACUGUGAUAUCCUGUGGCUCAGCUGGUGGAU